AUGUCUGCGCGUCAGAAGAUCUGGGACCUCGGUGUGCCCGUCAAUGCGAACAUCCGUGAUAUCAUGCAAGUGCAGCCCAGGCCCGGGUUGACGUUCGAGAACAAUCUGCUCCUACCAGGUCUUCCAGAGCCCUUGGCCCAGGGGGUUGGGGGCCUUGGUGGCAGCCAAUCGCAAGCCAUCCUCCUUCAGAAAUGCAGGGCAGCUAAGGAUAUCUACAAAUUUUGUAACGGCACCGGUCUCAUACAGAAUAGGACGUUGGAUGGGUACUACAGGCAGUGCUCGUACGGGCAAGUAGCUCUGGGAAACGUGGUGGUCGUCGACAACUUGUACAUUCCGUGCUACGGCUCGUUGGACCUUCCAUUUACCUUUCCCUCCGGCAAUUCCUUCGACACGAAAUCAUGCAACAACGAUAACAUGCUUAAGUGGCACUAUUACCUGGACUCCUUAAUGCCCGCGGACACCCCCCCGUCGGACUUCAACCACAAGGUCAUGAUGCUUCCCAAGGGACUUACGUCCAAAUUCCCAGCAAAGCCCCUGCUGAUAAAGCCAAAUCUCCUACCCUUGCCGCUCCUGCCGCUGCGCCUGCGCCUGGACCUAUUUCCUACUGGGGGGGUGAUGCUAACGAAGCUGCCGGGAUUGGCCCCAGGCUGCAACGGCAUUGCAGGUUCAGCAUCCAUCGGGCCCUGGAUUCGGCAGUUCAGUGACGCAAACACGUGGGGUACUGGCCUUAUCUGGUGGUCAGCGGAUGCCUUUGGUGACGUUGAGCUGCUGUUCCAUGAGGCGGGACACAACAUGGGCAUGGCACACGCCAAUGUGCCCGGAGGCUGCGAUCUAGGUGACCAGUGCGACUUCGCAUGCCCCAUGGGGGGAGCGGGUGGCCAGGGUGUUCGUUGCCUCAAUGCGCCUCACAACUGGCAGGUGGGCUGGGGUCGCCCCUUCCUGGAGCUGACCGACAGCUCCCUGCGCUACGGCGCCCCUAUGACGGUGGCUGUCCCGCAGCAAAUGAGCAACCGUGACAGCUCCAUCGCCGUAGCCCUGACCGGCAUGGCCGCAAACCAAAGGUUUUACAUCUCAGCCCGUAUAAACACGCCACCAUACGACCUGCCGUUCUUCAAGUGGCAGAACGGCAGGCCCUUCGUGCUGAUACAUUCGUACGCGGGGACGGCAGCGGCGUCGUAUGCGCGUACAGUGGUCUUGGGGAAAACGGAGGUUGGGGAGACGUUUCGCGACUCGGCAAGCGGCCUGGUGGUCACAUUCAAUCGUUGGGACGGUGCAGUGUACGCGACGGUAACACUGUGCCGCCGCAUGGGGUUCACUGAGGCAUCAUGCGGCGACGGUUUGGAUGACGAUUGCGACGGCUUGCCGGAUUCCCUGGAUCCUGAUUGUGCGGGUCGAAUGGCAGCAACGAGCAGUGAAACGACAACCCGGGACCAGUACAACACCGUACCAAUGCAAGGCGCUAGCGGCGGCACCGUUACGCCCAGGUCCCCCUCGGCCCCCCGGCAACCCAGGCCACCUCCCAGACCCCCCAGGCGACCGCGCCUAGCUUGGGACGAUUGGGGGGACAUCGGAGCAAUUGGGUUGGGCAGAGCCCUCCGAACGGUGGUGAACGUGCAGGGUAUUGAGUCCGCAAUCAACGUACUCGAAACCGUGCGGGUUGCAUUAAAGCUGCCGCUACGAGGCAAGGAGCUGGCGCGGACGCAUGGAACACAGCAAUGA